AUGAUGGAUGCAACCGCGACGCUGCCGUUUCUACAGCGCAUGCCAGAUGAUGGGGCUGAGGAAAUACAAGUGACAUUGCAACCAACAGGGUGCCAAUACCUUGUAUCCGAUACAAGAAUUUUAGAAGAAAGGGCUUCGAAUACGCAUUCAUGUGAUAUGGCGCUCGAAUCAUCACGCGAUGUUCGCUUUCAAAUGAACGAUGGAUGGAUUGGGGAUCAUGAUCUGGAUACUAAGACGACGCUAACAUCAACCAGGUCCCGAGAUUUUCCAGGCACAACCAGGUCGUCAAAGAACAAAACUGUGCAUGGAGAACGUGUGCUAUGUCUUAUCCUUCAAUCAGGGUGGAUUGAAAUGAAGCCGUUUAACGAAGUGCUUCGUCAAGUAUCGAUAAGGUUAUACGCAUUGAUGAAUGCCGACUAUUCCAUGAAAUUGAAUUUUUAUUCGGCGAACUGCCUCUACAGAUACUACCCGCGUGGCAAUUACCUCGCGGGUGGUGCUUACAAGGAGGUUUUCAAGGUUUAUUCAAUGGAGCAAAACAGACUGGAGGCCAUAAGCGUUAUGGAUAUUAAAGCGCUUGAAAAGAUCGGCAUGCAGGGUGUCAUUCGUCAAGAAGUGUUUCACUCUUUGUUGCUAUCACACGCGACUGAGGAAGGGCAUUUGUUGCACCGCAAGCCAGUUGGGUUGUUUGUGGACGAGUAUGCCGACCUCGGUGCUGAGGAUGGCAAGGAAGGACUACGAGUUUCUCUAAGCGAAGAAAAUGAGCGAUUGUUUCAAUACAUUCGUAUGGAACUGUGCGACGGUGGCGACCUGGAAAGCUUCAUCGCAAUGCAUUGGGACAAAUCAAUGAGUGUUGCAACCGUGGCUGCUCCUUAUUUUUUUCAAAUGGUAUAUAGUUUAUACUGUGCCCAAGAAAGAUUUCACAUUCGGCACUGCGAUAUCAAGCUACUUAACUUCUUGCUGAAGGGCAUAAAGUGCACGAUUUGCCACAAAGACCCGAAACCUGACGUGGUACUACACUAUCUGUUUGAGGAUAAACGCUUUGUUCUUCAAAUUCCCGCAUCAUUCUCGUACUGGGUCAAGCUCGCGGACUAUGGUACUGCAGACUCAAACCCGGAACAUUUGGGAAAGCCUGUCACAAUUGAACAGUUUACAACACUCGAAAACGCACCGAUCGAAUAUCUACUAGAAGGUGACGAAGCUGAGCAGUCCUAUGCAGCAGAUACAUUCUGCUUGGGUCUAUGCAUGCUUCAACUGUUUGCUGGAAGUCCACCGUACGAAAAGAUUUUGGAGGAUGUACAUUGUCCUGCCAAUCUUUUGAAGGACUUAAACUCAAUUUGGAUGAGUCCACGGAAGAAUUCUGGAUUUUCUGUGAUCAAGAGCGUAGCUCUCGACGACGACGACGAACAUACGCUUUGCCACACCUUGUACCGCUACAUUGUGCUGUUUGGGCUACCGGACAGUAACCCAAGUAAAUGUAACGGAUCCGUUAAGGUCUGGCAAGUGCUGUUACAGCAUUUGCGACCAGACGGGAGUUCGCCGAGUCUUUUCAAGCGACAAUCCAGACGAACGAAAGGUGAAAAAGAGGCUCAACUACUGUCCAAGUUGCAGUUCGACAAGGACAAGUCAUUGUUCUCAAUCUCCACUGGUUCAAGCAAUGCGAUUCGACAGUGCCGCGAAGGACUACAAGAAAUUCCAGGUGCAAUGGAGGUGCUGAAAGCGUUGGUUGACUUUGAUCCCCUGAAGCGCCCUACUCUCAAGCAAGUGUUGUGCCACCCGAUAUUUUCGACUUUCUGCUUGCCUGUGAAGCAUUCUGGUGCCCCACCAGAGCAUGUGGUAAGCUACUACAAGAAUCGCAAUCGGGACAGUGCGCUACCACGUGUGCCGUAG